AGACACCUGGAGUUCUGGACAAACUUCUCACGCACAGAGAAAUGUUAUCUGGUGUAAGAAAUAAUAACAGGGUGCCAUUCCCAUGCUCUCAAGAUUUCUUGUGACUUUUUGUAAGAUGUAUAGGUCAACCAAGAAAAAUGCUAACUGUCUUGUCUUGCUCACGCUCUCCUGUAUAAAUAUAAGAUGCUGAAUCAAGUCGUGGUCAGACUGCGUCCCUUGGUGGAGACGUGUCUGAACCUCUCGACCCCAUCUUUGUUGUAGAAUUCUUCUGCAGUAGUUUUCUUUCUCAGCCGCGCCGUACCCAUAUCCGCAGCAGGUCUCCAAGGUGAACAGCCUCUGGCAUGUUGGAACAAUGUAGGUAAGGGAAGUCGGCAAGCCGGAUCCGUAACUUCGGGAUAAGGAUUGGCUCUAAGGGCUGGGCCGGUGGGAGCCCCGGGGAGAGUUCUCUUUUCUUUGUGAAGGGUAGGGCGCCCUGGAAUGGGUUCGCCCCGAGAGAGGGGCCCGUGCCUUGGAAAGCGUCGCGGUUCCGGCGGUGUCCGGAUGCCAAAGCGCCGUGCUGGCUGCCGGAAAGGUUGAUAUGCACGGCGGAGACGAUCUCUAGUAAACCAGAUGAGGAGAUUGACGAUUCAAGAGCAUGAUGAAUUACCAUCUCAGCAACAACUUCAGGCAUUGAUGCGAGAGACACAGAAUCGUGUUGCUGUGCAGGGCGAUCCGAUAUCGCCUUUAAGCUUCCUGAUAACCUUAUUAAUUAUCUUAAAUCAGAUUAAUACUGCACAUUCUAAAGAAUAUUCAAAUGCUUACUGGGCUUAUUUUCCCGACCCUCCCCUUCUCCAACCGGUGGGCUGGGAGGGUCGGUCCAUUCCCAUAUACACUAAUGAUACUGUGGCUUUGGGUGGUUUUUCAGAUAAACAUAUUAUUCCUAAUCAAGUUAAUUUCUCUUAUCAUGGAGUGUUUGAUCAUUUACCUAUUUGUCUGUCUAGAUAUUUUAAUUCAACAGGAUGUCUUUUUGUUGGGGAGUCAGGAUAUGCUGAUCAUGACAAUGGUUGGAGCCUAUAUAUUCCUGGAGUAACGAAAGAAUCUAGAACUCCUCAACGUCGUAAUGGAACUGGUCCUUUAGAUAUCCCUUCCUGCGACUUUGGAACAAGGGGAAGAGUCACUGCUGCACCAUGGAAACUGUCGAGAUGGAACUGCUACGGUUUAUAACAUAUUUGGGACAAAUGAGUCACUGUGGGACUGGUCUCCAGACUCGGCCCGAAACCCUGGAGCUCAGGAUAAUAGAAACUUUGCAUCCCGUAUUUGGAAUUUGGGCGGCUCUAAAGUGUUCCAAACAGAAAUCUGGAAAUUAGCUGCCGCCCUUGGAUGUGAGGGUUCCUACCUUCAGGUGGGAUCGAAAGUGAGACAUGGUUAUUUAUGGAAUCUCACCAUGAGGUACCCUCGUGCAUGUGUGCCUCACCUUUAUGCUUUAUUAGUAGGAUCUGUAAAAAUACAACCUGGGUUACGAAAUUAUGAUGUAACUUGUAACAAUUGUACCUUAACUAACUGCGUCAGGGGAAUUACUAAUCAAACUAGGGUUCUAGUCUUAAGACAGCCUGCUUUUGUUAUGGUUCCUGUAAAGAUUAAUGGGUCUUGGUAUGAUGAAAAAGGACUUGAACUUUGGAGAGAAGUAGAGGGUGCUUUAAUGCGUUAUCGCAGGGGAAUAGGGUUAAUAAUUCUGGGAUUUGUAGCUUUGGUAACCCUUAUUGCCGCCUCGAUUACUGCAGCCCUAACCCUGGCACAAUCAGUGCAAACUGCAACUUGUGUUAAUAAUCUGGCACAAAAUGUAUCCGUUACCCUGGGGACUCAAGAAGAUAUUGACAAAAAGUUAGAGGACCGAUUGAAUGCCCUUUAUGAUGAUGUAAAAUUUUUAGGUGAAGAGGUUCAAAGUAUAAAGUUGAGAUUACGGGUACAAUGUCAUGCUGAUUUUCGAUGGAUCUGUGUUACCCCCAAAAAAUAUAAUGGUAGUAUAACUGCUUGGGACAAGGUGAAAGCUCAUUUAGAAGGUAUUUGGCAUAAUGAAAAUAUUUCCUUACAUUUACUGCAUCUACAUCAAGAAAUAAUGAAUAUUGAAAAUGCGCCCAGACCUGAUUUGGAUGUUGCAAAAAGAGCUGAGUCUUUUGUUAAAGAACUUUUUCGACAUGUACCUACCAUCGAUAGUAUUUUGUACUUGGGAGUGGCCAUAGGAGGACUAUUCUUAAUAAUUUUAACUGUUUUAUUUCUUGCACCUUGUUUAAUUAAAAAACUGAUUGAUGAUCUAUGGAUAAUAAAGGCUUCCAUCUAUGGAAAUUGUCUGCGGUUAAAGGAACAUAAGCGUGCGCCUAUAUAAAAA